AUGUCAAAUUCCUCAAAGGCUGCUCAAAGGAACCGCGAGGAAAAACUUCCAGACGUCGGCAAACUCAACCCUGGCUAUGUCUGCUGUGUACACGAAACUCUGGCCACCGUUGCAGAGCUCAUCUUUAAGGACAGUCCCGGAGUCAAGGAGGACCCCGACCUGCUGCAGAAAUGUAUAGACCAACUGAAACGCAUUUACCACCCCGUCGAUCCUAACAACCGGAUGGGCAAGAAACGCCCAUGCAUUUUUCUCUUCGCCGCAGAGAACAACCAAAAUGCCGAUCGUGCGAUUCUUAACGGCGCCAUUAUCUGUGUCAUGGGGACCUUCGGAGGCGAGACGCCGCCUGACGAGUGGAUUAUCGCUUUCUCCUACUACAGUCCGAGCCCCCUGCUUGGAACUUGGCGGAUCCCCAAGGAUGCGCGCUCUUCGGGCAAGAGUGGCCAAUCCAGCACGUUCAUCCCAGGGGCGCGCUAUCAUGGCGAGACCGCGCCGCACUACUGGCUAGACAAGGAAACCCGAAGAUGGCUCAAGAAACAGUGCGAGGAGCGUCUUAAGACGUGGGCGGAGAAGUGCAGGGCGAAUCCUGCCUUCGCGCGGGGCUGCGUCUUCGAGUACCGGUACAACCGAGCGAAGGCGAGCCAAAAAUCCUGGGCAAGCCACGUCAGCCUGAAUAGCGCGAAGACAUGUGCGUCGCGGGCUGCGAGAUUAGGUACCCCUCUGGGUACCGUACCAGAGACGGAUAAGUUCUCUGUCACGUCGCCACACCGCAGCGGGAAGCCGUCAUCGUGCCACAGUCGGGCGCACAGCCUGAAGUCGGUUCAGAGCGCAAAGGGCAAGAGCAGAGGUGCUCGCGAGUCCUUGAAGUCGGUUCGCAGGCAAAUAUCGAACCUGGCCCUUCCGAUGCUAUCGUGA